UUCUUUUUCUUCUUCUUCUUUUUUUUCUUAUUUUUAUAUUUUAUUUUUUUAAUCUAUCAUGUACCAUACUGAUAGAAUACCUUUCCGCCAAAUAUCACCUCCUACAAGAGAACACGAUAAUAACGCUAGUACGAAUAUGGAAAGUAUGCUUACUCAUUCUAGAAGAACAAUGAGAGAAGAUACUCUAUCUGUACCUGACAUUGAUUCAUGUGCUGGUGACAAAAAUGGGAAUUUUAGGCAUUUGGUCAAUUGUCAUACAGUUAAAGAUACUCCUUUUGUCAAGCAUAUUGAGUUAAGCUCAGACCAUCUACAGUCACAUAUCAUUUCUGUAUCAGAGCAAACCUAUGGAGCUGCUGCAAACUUGAUCAAAGCUACAGAUCCUCAAAUCACUAUGGCCAUAAAUGAAGAGUCCUUUAAUGUGAGUGGUUGGCUAGUAAAACGCCAUGAGCCACAGGCAUCCGUCAUCAUUAGAUUCGGUAGACCAGGUACCAUUCAUGGUAUAGACAUUGAUAUAACUGGGUAUAGUCAAUGUGCACCCAUUAAUGCAAGUGUCAAGGGCCUUCUCGAAAAUCAAGCAGAGUGGCUAGAUAUUAUUCCUAUUGCAAAUAUCAAAGACAACUCUCACAACUUUUUUGAGAUUAUCAAUGACAAGAAUAUAUAUAGUCAUAUCCAACUUGUCACUUAUCCUGGUGGUGGUGUUAGUAGAUUUAGAGUCUAUGGAGAUAUUAUUGUUAAAGAUUUUCCGACGGACAAAGAGGUUAAUUUAGCUUCUGUCUUUCUCGGAGCCAAAGUAACUCAUAGGCCAUUUGAUAUCAUUUGUGGCGAUGCACCUAAUAUAAUCAAUGAUCGAAGUGAAUCUUGGGAUGAUGGCUGGAUUUGUCCUAGAAGACCAACAGAGACACUUGACGACUAUACAACAAUUCAACUAUGCCAUCAAGGGAUUAUUAGUAGAUUUGUUGUAGAUACAACUCAUUUUAUUGGAAAUUCGCCAAAAUCUAUAUCGAUUGAAGGAAGCCAUGGCAACACAGGCAAAGAAUCAUGGGUUAAUUUGAUAGAAUCUGAAUAUGAACACCACAUUCUUCCAAACAUGGUCCAUACCAUUCCUUGUGUUUAUCAUAAACCAUUAGAGUACAUUCGUAUUCGACCUAUUCCAAAUGGUGGCAUACAGCAACUAAAGGCAUAUGGAAUGGUCAGUUUCGAACAAGAAGAAACCCCUGUUAGUUUAAAAAGAAAGCAUACCAAAUGCAAUGACGCUGUCGCUCAAAAGCAUUUAUCAAGAAAGUCAUCCAGAGCAAAAAAGCCUGUUAGUAGAUACAGUCCUUCAACUUGAAAACUUGAUUUUUUCAUUUGUAUACACAAUCCAUUAAAGCAG